AUGGAGGAUAUCAAGGAGCUAACUACUGAAAAAGCAUCAGAUUUAAUUGUUCGAAGAUUAACAACAUUGGCACUACAGUACAGCUGUUGCUGGCUCAUUUUUUAUCCAAAACAAAGCCUAAACACACAAUAUUGUUUUAAUGAAAAGAUUUUUCAUAAUCUUUCCUUGAUCUAUGCAGCUUUUGUGCCUUUUCUGAUUAAAUCAGAGGAGAUUGAAGUGAAGGUUGUGCUUGCACCAGGAAUUACAGAGACAGCCCAAGUGGUUCGCCAUAUAGCAGAUCUCACUUUGCUUUCAAGCAAUAAGGAUCCAUUCACAUGGCUCGAUAGAUCUUGGCUUUCUACUCUUCCAACUGAGCUUUUCAGUGAGAUAACUGCAUUGCACAGGCUUGGCACAUCACAAGAAUCAAGAAAAUCACAAGAGGAAUCACCUUCUGACAAAACUGUGUCAAGCUUUACACCAUCUGUGUCUGAAAUGGUUGACCAUCAGCUUCACUCAAGUUACGAUAUACUAAAGAGUGUUCACUCAGAGAGACCUGAAGAAUCAGAAGGUUCGGAAAUGAUUAACAUUUGUAGACCAAGGGAUCUAUGGGAGACUGGGAAUGUGUUCCCUGAAACUCGAUAUCAGAAUUUCAGACCAAUUUUUGAAUCCAGGGCUGCUACCCUUUCACCGUGCUAUCAGUUGAAGAAUCAUUUGCAUUCAAGAGUGAAGCAAAUGGCAGAACAUGAGCAAAAUGGUCUACCUCACUAUUUUGAAAGUUCUGGUUAUAAUGUUGGAGUACAGUGUCACCAAGUGGAACAUAAAUUAUCUGAUCACCUGAGUCAUCUAGCAUUAAAGAAAAGCUCAGACCUUGUGGGACCUGACGUUUAUUUUGAAAAGAGCAAAAUGCCUUCUCUUGACCAGUUUUGCAUGGGUGAGCACACAUACACUGCAGAAUAUAAGUCUCAAAAAAAAGCAAACAAGAGGCUGGGUAUAAAAUCGAGCAGCAGUACACAGUAUGGCUUCUUUCCUCAGCAUGACAUUAAUGUACUUCGCUAUGGAUUGAAAGAUGAGGCCAGUGACAUUACAGCAUUGCAGAAUGUCAAGAACCAUCAUCCCAUGACUUCUUAUCAAGCUUUCCCAGUCUUAUCUGGGAAACAUUUGGAUAAUUCAUCUUACCAAUUGAGUGAACCAUUCUGUCACCAACGUCAUAGGGCUGUUGGAGCAAAUCAUGAACGAAUGCCGUACAUUAAUCCUAAAUUUUCAGAUUAUGACUCACAGAUUGAGUAUGCAUAUGCAGACAAGUCUGAAAUUUGUAAUAGUACCCACUUUCCCUUUCAAACAACUGAUUUUUGCAAUGAAAUUGUAGAAGAGCAGGCCUUCAAUUAUGAAUUAUUUAGAAGAAAAGGAAACAAGAGGCAAUGCACUGAGACUAAAAUGAAUGAGUGGAGAGGUUUACCUGCAUCAAACAUAGAGGAAUAUUUACCUGAUACAGCAACAUUUUAUACAUAUUCAGCAAGUUCUUCAGAGCCAAGAUACAGAAUUUUACCAGAAGCAAAGAAACAAAGACUAGCCUAUGAAAAGGUUCCUGGAAGAAUUGAUGGGCAGACCCGCCUCGUAUUCUCUUAA